UCGUCCAUGUGGUGCGUUCUUAACUCUAAGAUGCUGAAGUUCUACCAUAAACAAACUUCACAGUCGCCUUUCAACAUCGUUGCAUGUGACCAAAUAGUGAUGAUCAGUCUGGAACCUCUGGCCGGUCUCCGGAGUUGUUUUUCGGACGAUGCAUUCUCGUUAUAUUACGUAGAUUCACGAGGCAGUCGCCUUCGGCACUUGACAUUCACCGUUGAGAAUCGCGACGAGUUGGUGCCUUGGAUAAACUUUAUCGGCAUGAGGUUUCAAGCAGUGGGCAACGUCUAUGCUAAACGAGGUAGCACGGGGAUUUGGUUACAGUGCACCUUGAUCAUUAGCGACACUAAACUUUUGUAUAGUCUCAAUCACGAAGCCUGUUGUCACGAAGUGGAUAUGCGGAAGAUAAUCAACAUAAAGGUUCAUUCGAGCAAGAAGGACCAGUGUGCUUUGUGCACCGAACGCGGUCCAUGUCUUGCUUUAUGGAUGGAAGGAGGAACGCUGUUUUUGCAAGCCGAUUUCAAAGCAGUUACGGAGAUCUGGCAGACGAUCAUCACGUCUUUCGUCCUGGUAAAUAGAUUUUUUUUUAUAUUUGUUUUAGUGUUUUUCUGUUUAAUGUUUAUGCGCGAUUGGUUAUAAUG